AUGAACAACUUACUCUUACCCAUCGGAUAUCCCGAUCGAGAUCGAGCCAAACUUCGUCAUAUCUCCAAGCUCCCAAGCCCCACCUCCUACCAAGAACACUACCAGAUCUAUGGACAUGUCCAUAACCUACCCAUCUACGACGGAGCCGGGUGCAUGCCCGACAUCGUCGGGCGAUGGGUGUUUUAUGGGAGUCGGGUCCGGAAGAUACAGCUAGACGAGUUGGCCAAGUGCAAAGGAGUCCCUGGGGAAUGGCGCGACAAGCCCCUGGUUGCCUACAAGGCCUGGGUGGGAGCCACCGCCGUACAAAUCUGGACCGUGGUCUAUGUGGCACCGGCCAAAGCCACAACCUCCUCCAGAGAAACGACUCAGACACGAGUGACGCAGGCCGCCGAAACUGGUCUCGUCGAAGAUGCAUGUUGCAAGAUUGGGGACUGA